AUGAUACCUCCAACAUUCGACUUGUUGAUCCGAACAGGUUCGACGUGCGAAGGUGGCGGCCGACUGGGGAUCGUGAACAUGAUGCGAUCGACGGCGAUUGUUGACGGCGGUGUCGUGCCGCUCACACGGAGGAGAUUGUUGAUCGACGGAUGGAGGAAGAGCGGAGAGGGGGCGCAUUGUCUUCUCCGGACCAUGAUGGGAUCUGAUAUGGUCUUGUUGUAUCGGUACCGGAUGCGGUGUGCGCGCGAAGGUGUUGCGCUUGAUCGAACUUGA